ACCACAUCUACGACAACCUCCGUUACAACUACGACAUCAACAACUACCACUGCGUAAGUUAUCAAAAAAGACUUCAAUCAAAAGACACUUAAGCACAGUGAUACUAUCGAUAUUCAUUCGUCUUCAGUAUUUUUUGUACCACAGUUGUACGUUAAGGAUCUGUGUGAAGUUGAGUUGUUGCUUAUGAAAAACGCCAUCGAAUAACAUUCGAUUCGCACUUAUUGUUUCUAUUUACUGGUCAAAAACAAGUGUACAAUGAUACAUGUCAUCAUAUGUGUUGACUAAAUGCAUGACUUUUUACAGUUUAUAAAGAUCAAAAUAUGCGGACGAAAUCAAUUUUCUUAUUGUUUUUAUUUUUGUAGAACUACAACAACAAGUACAACAACAACAACAACACAAGCUUCAAAAUCAUCUAUAAAUUGGCUAUUAAUUUUGGGCUUAUCAUUAUUGGGUUUAUUGUUAGCUAUAUGUUGUUCGUUCUGUUGUUUGUAUUGGUUUUUAUGGGGUCCUGUUGCACGACGUCGUCGUCGUCGAAAAUCAAAGGAAGAACAUGUCAGUGAACGAACUUCUGAGUCAAGGCUUAUAAUUAAUGAAUUAGAAAAAAUAGCAGCUCCAAGAAAAAUAUUCAAAUCAAAUAUACCAACUAAGGACUAUGUUAUUUAUAAUACAAUACAUCCUCGUAAUAGUAUGAACAAUACUCCUCCAUCAGAUUUGCAUACAAGUUUGUCUGAUUCGAAUUUUUCUGAAGCAGUAACCACUACGACAGAUAUAGAAGAGCAUAGAGCUUCGUCAACAGUUUCUGUCAAAAGAAUUAAGCGUGAUACCAUUGUACAAUUGAAUAACACUGAAAAACUGAAUGAAACUAAAAAUAUCCACAUUAAAUCAGAAAACCAUACUGACAAUGGUGAAAAUACUCGAAUCACUCGACGUUCAACAGUCACAGUCGUCCGAGUACCAAAAUUAGCUGAAGGAAAGCAGAACAAUUUAAUCACUCUUCAACAAAAUUCUUCAAAUACCUUAUUAGCGAAACCAUCAAAAUUGGAUCAAGUCAAGGUUAUCAAAAUAUCACGAAGUCAAUCAACUUUCAAUCAACGAACUCGAGCAAUAAGUCUUGGUAAUGUAAUCACUAUUAAUUCGAACAAAUCAUUUAUUGAAAUGCGAUCAAUGGCAGAUCUUGCGAAGACUGCUUCAUUGGCCACAAAUAUUAAUGCGCAUCAAGGCCGUCGAGUAACUGUGACAAAGCUGCCACGAAAAUCUACUAUUUGUUAA